UCCGCUGAGUCACAAAUCCUGGAAGCCCAGGGUCAGCCGAGGCAGCCGCAGUUCCCUCCAGGCCUUCCUGUUUUUUGGCCUUGAAAGGUCCGCGGCAGCCACUGCAGGGGCCCACGUCCCCGAAUCGCCCUCACCUGUAAGGGCCUCGGGAUUCUGGAGGCCCCCGGGCAGCGCAGGGCAGGGAGGUGACCCCUGCUCACAAGGGGGACCAAGGCACCGCCCGCCAGAGAGAUCGCAGGACUUCACUCAGAGAUUCUCAGUAGGAGCUUCCAGGAUCCCAUCGCAGCCCUUCCUGGUAGGGGGGCCCUGAAAUGAGGUCCUCAGGCCCGGAGGGCUGGGCUCCGGGGCAAAUUCCAUUCACACCGGAAGUUUUUGCCAAGCUGUCACCUCUGCCACCUGGCCCUCGCCAUGCUGACCUCGCGAGCGCCCCCUCCCCGCCCGGCCCUGCUGUUCCUUCUGCUGCUACUGGGGGGCACCCAUGGCCUCUUCCCUGAGGAACCCCCUCCGCUAAGCGUGGCCCCCAGAGACUACCUGAAACUCUACCCCGUGUUCGUGGGCGGAGGACCUGGGCGCCUGGGCCCAACCGAGGAUAUGGAGGACCUGAACAUCCAGCGGGUGCUGCGGGUCAACAGGACACUGUUCAUCGGGGACAGGGAUAAUCUGUACCGAGUGGAGCUGGAGCCCCCCACGUCCACGGAGCUGCGCUACCAGCGGAAGCUGACCUGGCGCUCCAACCCCAGUGACAUAGACGUGUGUCGGAUGAAGGGCAAGCAGGAGGGCGAGUGCCGGAACUUCGUGAAGGUGCUGCUACUCCGUGAUGAGUCCACGCUGUUUGUGUGCGGUUCCAACGCCUUCAACCCAGUGUGCGCCAAUUACAGUAUGGACACACUGCAGCCUGUUGGAGACAACAUUAGUGGUAUGGCUCGCUGCCCAUACGAUCCCAAGCAUGCCAACGUCGCUCUCUUCUCUGAUGGGAUGCUCUUCACAGCCACUGUGACUGACUUCCUGGCCAUUGAUGCUGUCAUCUACCGCAGCCUUGGGGACCGCCCUACCCUGCGCACUGUCAAGCACGACUCCAAGUGGUUCAAAGAGCCCUACUUUGUCCACGCAGUGCAGUGGCGCAGCCAUGUCUAUUUCUUCUUCCGGGAGAUCGCGAUGGAGUUUAACUACCUGGAGAAGGUGGUGGUGUCUCGCGUGGCCCGGGUGUGCAAGAACGACGUGGGCGGCUCCCCACGCGUGCUUGAGAAGCAGUGGACGUCUUUCCUGAAGGCGCGGCUCAACUGCUCCGUGCCUGGGGAUGCCCACUUCUACUUCAACGUGCUGCAGGCUGUCACUGGCGUGGUCAGCCUGGGUGGCCGGCCCGUCAUCUUGGCCGUCUUCUCCACACCGAGCAACAGCAUCCCAGGCUCGGCUGUGUGCGCUUUUGACAUGAGGCAAGUGGCUGCUGUGUUUGAAGGCCGCUUCCGCGAGCAGAAGUCUCCUGAGUCCAUUUGGACCGCGGUGCCAGAGGAUCAGGUGCCUCAGCCCCGGCCAGGGUGCUGUGCAGCCCCGGGCUCGCAGUACAAUGCGUCCAGCGCCCUGCCCGACGAGAUCCUCAACUUCAUCAAGACGCACCCACUGAUGGAUGAGGCGGUGCCCUCGCUGGGCCACUCGCCCUGGAUCGUGCGCACACUCAUGCGGCACCAGCUUACCCGAGUGGCCGUGGACGUGGGUGCUGGCCCCUGGGGCAACCAGACGGUGGUCUUCCUGGGCUCGGAGGUGGGCACUGUCCUCAAGUUCCUCGUCUGGCCCAAUGCUAGUGACACGGGCACCACUGGGCCCAGUGUCUUCCUGGAAGAAUUUGAGACCUACCGGCCUGACAGGUGCGGACGACCUGGUGGUGCCGGCAUCGAGACAGGGCAGCGGCUACUGAGCCUGGAGCUGGACGCAGCCUCUGGCGGUCUGCUGGCGGCCUUUCCCCGAUGCGUGGUCCGCGUGCCUGUGGCCCGCUGCCAGCAGUACUCGGGAUGCAUGAAGAACUGUAUCGGCAGCCAAGACCCGUACUGCGGCUGGGCCCCUGAUGGCUCCUGCAUCUUUCUCAGCCCAGGAACCAGAGCCGCCUUUGAGCAGGACGUGUCUGGUGCCAGCACCUCAGGCUUAGGGGACUGUACAGGCCUCCUGCGCGCCAGCCUCUCAGAGGAGCGAGCCGGGCUGGUGUCAGUGAACCUGCUGGUGACCUCAUCGGUGGCGGCAUUCGUGGUCGGGGCGGUGGUGUCCGGCUUCAGCGUGGGCUGGUUCGUGGGCCUGCGCGAGCGGCGGGAGCUGGCGCGGCGCAAGGACAAGGAGUCCAUCCUGGCACACGGCGGUGGCGAGGCGGUGCUGAGCGUGAGCCGCCUGGGCGAACGGCGUGGGACCGGGCCUGGGGGCCGCGGAGGGGGCAUGGGCGGGGCUGGGGGUCCCCCCGAGGCGCUGCUGGCACCCUUGAUGCAGAAUGGCUGGGCCAAGGCCACGCUGCUGCAGGGUGGCCCGCACGACCUGGACUCUGGGCUGCUGCCCACGCCCGAGCAGACGCCACUGCCGCAGAAGCGCCUGCCCACACCGCACCCACAAGUGCACGGCCCGGGCCCCCGCGCCUGGGACCACGGCCACCACGCACUGCUGUCCGCGUCCGCGUCGUCCUCGCUGCUGUUGCUGGCGCCGGCCCGUGCCCCGGAGCAGCCGCCCCUGCCGGGCGACCCCGCCCCCGACAGCCGCCUCUGUGCGCCCCGGCCUUCGCGCGCCUCGCACGGCGACUUCCCGCUCACCCCACACGCCAGCCCGGACCGCCGGCGCGUGGUGUCUGCGCCCACGGGCCCCUCGGACCCGGGUUGUGCGGGCGACAGCCUGCCCCGGCCCUGGAGCCCGCCCCCGACGACGGGCAGCCUGCGGAGACCCGGUCCCCACGCUCCCCCGGCCUCGGCGCUGCGCCGCACGCACACGUUCAACAGCGGCGAGGCGCGCCCGGGAGACCGGCACCGUGCACGACCUGCCCGCCCGGGUUCAGACUCGGCCCACCUCCUCCCCUAUGGGGCAGGGGACAGGACUGCGCCCCCGGUACCCUAAACCGGGGCCCCCCAAUGCCUUGGCAGUGCCAGCCACUGGAACCAGGAGCAGGAGACGGCGCCAGGACACCGGCCCCGGCCGGCUCCGCUGGGUGCUCAAGCCCCCCACCCCGGCCUUUCUGGGACCCCCCUCAGCCACACGGAAGCACAAGAGCGCGCGCUCCCCGCGGCGGCAGGCAGCUGGGGUGCAGGACUCUGAGACCACCGAGUUGGGCGGGUGGACGUAGGGAUCUGCUGUGAAUUUGAGAUUGACCUUCUGCGUAGACAUUUUUGGUUUCUUUUGCAGUUUUUCUAAGGAAUUGCACAACUCCCUUUUUGGGGUGGUGGCUGGAGGGGGUGGUUCAGGCCUUGGAUGGGGAGUAGGGGGUACAGCUGCAGACCCAAGUCCCUCUACCUCCUCGGAAAGGUCCCUCCCCAGGCCGGGCCCCUGGCGUGUGUGGGUGUGUGCGCGUGUGCAUGCCGUGUUCGUGUGCAAGGGCCAGGGAGGGAGGCGCGUGUGUGUGCCCAGGGCCACCCGUGCUGUGUGUGUGUCUUAAGAGUGAAUGUGGGGACCCCAGUGGCCCCGGGUCGGCUGAGCCAACACCGGGGCUUCCGAGGUGCCGGUCAGGAGUUUGGGUCAUGCUUCUGCAAAGGGAGCAGGGAUGGCCGGGUCCAGGCGAGCAGACGGAGAGCCCAUGUAUGGGCACAGCAGCAGCAGCUCCUAAAGGGCUUGGGGGUCGGGUGGGGGGGCAGUGGAGGCAGGUAGGGCCCCUGUAAAUACGGCCCCAGGGUGGUCAGAGAGUCCCAGGCCACCCGACCCCUUGUGACCUCCCCCCGACCUCCAGCUGACUGUGCAUGCCACGUAGCCGGCUCUCUGGAGUUCACCUCCCCUGGCCCCUCCCCAUCAAUAAAACUCUG